CGAAAUAUUUUGAUGCCAGCACAAUCAUAUCCCGAUUUGAUCUAUUUUUGUAGUACUAGACGAAUUCACAGAAGAGAUGAUGACAAUAUUAAUCCACCCUAUGAUACUGAAACACUUUAA